AUGAAGAUUUACAAAGGGGUCGGUCUGAUAGAGUGCGGUAUACAAUGCUUUGUGCUAAAUCCAGCAUGUGUCGCUGUCUUGUACAGCAAGAGAUUAUCGUCUUGUAAACUGUUGAAAUGUUACCUGACUGAAUUAUCGAUAAACAGGACAAGUGCAGAAGUUGGAUGGGAAUAUUGGUUUCAGAAUAAUUUUUGCCCUGUCGGAUGGGUACCCUUUGAUGGACAUUGCUAUAUUCUCAGCCACACAAUGAUGAACUGGACCGAUGCCAAGGCGCAAUGUGAACUUCUUGAAGCGCACCUUGUUGAAAUAGGUUCUAUGGCAGAAAAUACAUGGAUUUUGGAGGCGCUCAUAUUACCUUGGAAUACAAUGGAGUGUUCCAUUUGGUAUCAAUGCUGUAAGACCUGGAUUGGGGCAACAGACAUGGAUAACGAAGGCAAUUUUACUUGGAAUCGCAAAAUAGCGGUCGAUUUUACAAACUGGUACACAGAUCAGCCCGAUAACCUCCUAAAAGUAGACACAAAUGGGAAUAUAAUAGGACAACAUUGUGCUCUAUUUUGCCGGGAUGGAUUCUGGGAUGACAAUCGUUGCUUAAUGAAGAAGACUUUUAUCUGUGAAAAAGAGUGA